AUGCCGUCAGACGUCCAUUCGUCGCAUGGGCGGCCGCCGCCUCUGGUGGUCCUCUCAGGAGGCCUCGUCUCCCAUGUGCACACCGUCAUGGGCUUCCUCGCCUUCUUCGGCGCCCUCGUAACUGCACUCUCGCUCCACUACCAAAAAGUCGUCAAGAACCAUGUGGCUCAGUAUCCCGACGAGUGGUGGCCCUCGGUUUCAGCCACCAUCGGCGACUGGUAUCCAGAACGCAACAUCUUCCAAGUCGGCAUCGCACUCAUGGCAGGUCCGCGCUUUGCGCUCGUCUUCCUCUCCGCCCUGCUCGUCUCGUUGUCCACGCCGAAUCGCUCGCCCAAGGCGUCCAUCCUGCUCUUCGUCGGCGUGACCCGCACCCUUGCGUGUGGAGGAUGGGUGUACGUCACCAGCACCGACGAUCACCUCUUUCACGACAUCGCCAUGUUCCUCUACCUCGCCCUCACGCCACCGUGGAUGUUCAUCACAAAUGGCAGCCUGGCCCAACCAAGCUUGUCGCCUGGCGCAGCUGCUUCCGACUCGACAUCCAAGGACGCGCUUGCGGCAAAAGCGCGGCGCAUGCGCAGGAUCGCCUGCUUCUCCUUCUUUGCAUGCACCCCAUUCAUGGGCUUCUUCUUCUACCGUCACAAUGCGCUGCACAUUCCUGGUGCAUACUCCUACUAUGCCUACUUCGAAUGGGGACUCAUCAUCUUUGACCUCCUCUUCGACGCAGCUAGCGUCUACGACCUUUCGCGUUUCGAGAUUCAUAUCGUGGAAGCCCCCAAACCAGAGCCGUCGUUCAGCAGCUCUGCAGCGCGCGACACAGCAUACGGGCCCGAGGGUCGACGUCUCAUCGAUGGCGCAUGGGCUCAAGGCGGUCGCCAUCGUGCCAUCGCUUCCGGCGCUUGGUCCGCCUCUCAGCUUGGCGCCGGCUCAGACGGUCAACAAAGCGCGCCUCCUAAGGCUGCCACCGAAGAAGACGAUGCGGUGAAUCCCAUUCUCGUCGAUGAUCUCGAAAGUCUCGCGUCUCCGACCAGUCUGCGCGCCAUCAUUGCCUUGAUCUCGGACAGCUACCUUGCUUUCUGCUUUUGGACGGCGCUAACCGCCUUGCAUCCAAUGAUCUUUUACUUCAGCGUCUACAACCUCGCGAUCGGUGGCCACGAGGCGCUGCUCAUUUCGCAAGUCCUCGGUCUCGGCCUCACGCUGGCCGUACCUGCGCUUCGUUCGCGCGUCCGGCGGCAAUCCAGCAGUGGCGUUGCCACUGUGGGGCCUGUCUCGUCGCAGGCGAAAGCGAUCGGUUGGCUCUUGUCGCUCGCGGGCCAAGCCAGCUGGUGUGUAUCCGACCCGCUCGUGCGGCUCGUCGCCGUGGCCUUUUCCAACGCACUGCUCGCCGUGCUCCUUGCACUGGAGUGGGGCGCCGCCUGGGAGACCGACCGCUUGCCCGUCAAGCUGGGCAUCUGGCUGGUCGGCCUGCUCGCAAGCAAUCUUGCCAAGUACGCCAACCACAGCAACAACCCGGCAUGGCCCUUCAUGGAAUCGACCAACGGCGGGCACAACGCGCUUCUCCUCGCGCUAGCGCUCGUCGCCAUCGCCGAAAUGGCCGUUCGCCCCAAGUACGACCGAUUCCCGAGCCUUCAGCGGCGCCAGAGCAGUCGUAGCGCCUUCACUGGUUCCAAAACAAAUGGCAGUUUCACGGUGGCGGCGCUGGGGGUGGGAGCAUUGCUCUACGCACUCCACACAUUCCUCACGGACACGGGCACCAUGAUCGCUUGGGGCUGGACUGGAUAUCCCGUGCGAGGACCCAUGGCGAUCCCACACGGCUGCAUCAUUCUGGUCACCAUGGCCUUUUCAUCGCUCGCCGCCACUCGAUGGACCACCUUCGGAUAUCGUAUCGCGCUGUUCCUCCUGCAAUGCGCGUCGGCAGCGCUCUUGUACUUCGCAGCCGACUGGACGAGCUUCGUCGGUGCGGUGGGCAUGGCGUUGAGCCUGCCGCCUAUGGCGUUCCCCAUCAUCUCGGCUGCCAUGCGCCAUGACCCGAUCAAGGUGCUGCUCUUCGGCUGGCUCGCUGCCAACGUGCUCACAUUCAUGGGCGUCCUGACGGUCGCUUACGCGUUCGUACCCGGCGGCAAGGUGUUGCGCGAGAGGACGGGCUUCAUGCUCGUAGUGCAGCUCGUGCUCUUGGGUUUGGGCCUCGCCAACGCGCGUCGAGUGGAUAGCGCCCGGCUCCGAGCAAGUCGCAGUCAAAGCGGGCAGCGGACGGCGCAGGUUGCGGACGAAAGCAAUGUAGCCAAGGCAACACGCCUGAGCAAUGCAUCGCGCUCGGGGUCGACCUACUACAUCUGCUUGUUGAUGGCGCUGAUCGGCUUGGUCGGCAACUUGGUCCCGCUCUACCGCAUCGUCCCAUCAUCGUCCAUCGCUCCGCACCAUGCCGAGCAUCGUCUGGUGACUGCGGGAAUGUGGACGGUGCACUUUGCGCUCGACCAGCACAUGCGCGACAGCUCGCGGCGGAUGGCGUCGAUCAUGAAGACGCUCGACAUGGACCUGUUCGGCCUGGUCGAGUCGGAUCUGCAUCGGCCGGUAUUUGGCAAUCGCGACCUGACGCAGUAUCUCGCCGAGGAGCUCAAGAUGUACACGGACAUUGGACCGGCUCCGAGCAAGCACACGUGGGGAGCGGCGCUGUUCUCCAAGUUCCCGAUCAUCAACUCGACACACCACUUGCUUCCGUCGCCAAGUGGAGAGCUCGCCCCGGCGAUCCAUGCAGUGAUUGAUCUGUACGGCACACCGACGCAUGUGAUCGUAUCGCACAACGGACAGGAGGAGGAUCCGCUGGACCGCGAGUUGCAGACCACCGAGAUCGCACGCAUCCUCCGCGAAGCCUAUCCGCACCCAGCUAUUUUCCUGGGUUACGUGGUGACCAAGCCGCACGCGGAACGGCCUGCGCCGUACAAGAUUCUGUUUGAAGACGGCAAGAUGCAGGAUGUGGAGCCGACCGACUUUGGCCGAUGGUGCGAGUAUCUCGGCUUCCGCGGUCUAGAGAGGAUCUCGUACGUCAGGGUGUCGAGGUAUACGGUGACGGACACUGAGCUUCAGACCAUGAAGCUCGUGGUGCCCAAGGAGCCGCUCGACCCGGACACCAACGAGUUUACACGCUUCGUCAUCGCCGAGACGUAUGCAGAGCCGAUGCGAUAUCCGACCUCGCUGAUAGAUCCUGAUGCCUAUGUUUACGACAAACACAUCUACUCGCCCUACCCAUGGCCCAUCUACUACGGCCGUCCCGUGCCGGACUUUUGA